AUGGAGCGGCGAUUUUGGGUGAGACCUGGACGCUGCUGUGCGUGGUGGGAUAACUUUGUGUGUGGAACUGUUGUGCCCGAGGAGUGGCGUGAGAACUUUAGAAUGUCGAGAGACUCGCUGUAUCAUCUGAGUGAACUGUUACGACCUUACAUUCAAGGCCAGACAACACGAUUAAGAUCACCGGUGGACGUUGUUACAAAGGUUGCUUGCACGCUGUACUAUUUAAGUGACGAAGGCAGACUGCGGAAAACGGCGAACGCGUUUGGAUUAGCCCGACAAACUGUGUCUAAAAUAAUCAGAGAAGUGUGCAGGGCUAUCACAUUUCACCUGGGACCCAAGUAUGUUUCACUUCCAUUUACAGAACCAGAGGUACAGACACUUGUCACAAACUUCUAUGCAACACAUGGCAUGCCGCAGUGUCUAGGAGCUAUUGACUGCACGCAUAUCGAAAUAAAACAGCCUUCAGCAAACUCCACUGACUACAUUAACAGGAAAAGCAAAUUCUCGCUAAAUGUACAGGCUACCUGUGAUUACAAAUACACAUUCAUGGACGUUGUUAUUAAGUGGCCUGGUAGCAUUCACGAUGCCCGCAUAUUUGCUAAUUCAAACAUCAGUGCCUACUUGAGAGACGGAAAGAUUCCUUCUUGUCCAAAAGUAAUCGUGGAGGGAGAAGAUCCUGUUCCUGUAUUUCUCCUCGGGGACCCGGCAUACCCCCUGCUGCCCUAUGUUAUGAAAGAGUAUGCUAGUGGAGGUGCUACUCCUCAGGAACAGUACUUUGGGUUGUCAUUGUGCAAAUGCAGAAUGGUGAUCGAGUGCUCCUUUGGACGUUUAAAAGCGCGAUUUGGAGCAUUAAGGAGGGCAAUGGACAUAAAUCUGGAUGCCUGUUUUGUUUUGCAUAACUUUUGUGAAGCUAACAGAGAAAUUAUUCCAGACCAAACUGUUGCUGCAGCUGUCCAGUAUGACAGAGACUUCCAGCCAUCAACACAGCACCAUCAUUUCCGAACAGAAUGUAAUGAAACUGAAGGAAGACGAGUAAGAAAUGUGCUUACCAAGUUUCUUGACCCCUGA